AGAGAGAGAGAGAGAGAGAGAGAGAGAGAUAGAGAGAGAGAGAGAGAGAGAGAGAGAGAGAGAGAGAGAGAGAGAGAGAGAGAGAGAGAGAGAGAGAGAGAGAGAGAGAGAGAGAGAGAGAGAGAGAGAGAGAGACACACACGCACACAUGCACAAGCACACGCACACGCGACGCACAAACACGGAGAGAGACCCAAAGGGAGGGUGAGAGCGGUGUGACACGGGUCGAGCACACAGAGCAGAGACCAAACCUGUUGGUGAGUUGGUUGUCGCUGUACUUUGCGAUGGCAAUUUGAAAAUGUUUGUUUUGGGGUGGAAUAAGUUUUAAACUGAAUGAAUUGGAUUUCGAUCUAUACAAUUUGCCAACGCGGGAACCAAAACGCAAACAGACUUUGUUCGAAGGUGAAACACGUUCUAGGACCGAUGCUGAAAUAAUCUUCCAUAAAAAAAUAAUCUUGUCUUUUUGGGGUCGUUUUUACCAAACCCCAGUCCGGACGUCAUGCAGCAGGAGCGGCUGCUCAAGGUGCUGGUGAUCGGGGACCUGGGGGUUGGGAAGACCUCGGUCAUUAAGCGCUACGUCCACCAGGUCUUCUCCCAGCACUACCAGGCCACCAUCGGGGUGGACUUCGCCCUGAAGGUCCUCAAAUGGGACCACAAGACGGUGAUCCGGAUGCAGCUCUGGGACAUAGCAGGCCAGGAGCGCUACGGCAACAUGACGCGGGUGUACUACCGGGAAGCGGUGGGGGCCCUGGUUGUGUUCGACAUGACGCGCCUCUCCACCUUCCAGGCAGUCUUGCGCUGGAAGGGAGACCUGGACUCCAAGGUCGCCCUGGGCAACGGUCGGCCGGUUCCAGCUGUCCUAUUGGCCAACAAGUGUGACCAGCGGGGGCAGGGCCUGUGCUCCAAGCUGCCUAAACUGGAGAACUUUUCUAAAGACCACGGAUUCGUCGGCUGGUACGAGACCUCCGCUAAGGACAACACCAACAUUGACGCGGCCAUGACCCGUCUGGUGGAGAGCAUCAUGGCGGUGGAGGAGGAGCUGGCGGUCGCUGCCGGCAACGGCAAAGUGAGCGACCAGACGGACUCCGGCGUGCUGGUGCUGCCCCGCCUCCAUCACCACGACGCCCCAGAGAGGCAACUCCCAGGAUGCACUGGGUGCCCCACCCUACGGCCCAAGAAUCACCACGCCUACGACUGAGAGCAGG